AUGUGUGAAAUGAGAGAAGCACCAGCUUUUACUGGCAAAAUGGUAUGUACCCAAUGUGUCCUGUGUAAUAUCGACCGGCUCGAGCUUCUAAUGCCCCGCUACGCCCUGAAAGGAGGCGACGUGUUCCUCAAGUGCGACCACAGCGUCCGGCUCGAGCAUCUACACAAAGUCGAGUGGAAAAAGGGAGAUGACAAAUUGUUCAUGUACGUGAAAGGCAGGACGCCACCGUUCAAGGCUUGGGAAAUACCUGGAGCGAAAUUAAAUUCUCCAAGUUUAUCAGUUUAUGAAUCGGAUUUUAUUAUUUUAAUCGAGGAAGUGAUUGAAUUGUGUCAACAUUUGCUGCAAAAUAAAAUUAGUAAGAAACAUUUUUGCGAUCAUUUGGAAAUAACACAUAUGGGUUUGGAGUCAAAUUUAUUCGCAAGACGUAUAGAAAAUAUGAUAUUUGAAGAAUAG